GUGGCCGUCCGUGGAAGAAAAGUGAUUGUGGUGGAAGUCGAAUCUUUCUUAAACGCAGCAGCAGCAAAGGCAAUAUUUGCUGAAAAGGUUUUCCGGAAGAUUGUUUCGCAAGUGUUGCGACGUUUUUUGGUGGGUAAAAGUGUUGAUUUUUGGAGGAGAUUCAAGCGGGCGAGUGAGAAAUAGUUUGACGAAAUUUGGCAAGAGGAAAAGAAAAAUCUGGAUCCGUGAACGGGAUUUGUCCCCGACGUCAGCUGGUGCUCGAACCCGUAAUAAUGGUGGAAUCUGUAGCAUAAAGAGUGUUUUGCAACUGGCCUUGGUGCAAAGACGCAGCGCAGUUGGAAGAAGAAAUUAGAAACUUUUAUCUGCUCCUCUCCUCCGUCAGCUCCUCCUCUACCCGAUCGGUGAGAUUCGGUUCCGAAGAGGUGCGAAAUGCAAAAAUAGUGGUGCAGAAAAAAAACAACACGACUCACACAGCGACCAUCACUUUCUGCCACAAAUACAUCGUCAUGUGGCGAGUAAACAUAACAAUUUGUUAGGCAAUUGUUGAAAGAAAGGCGAAAAUCGAGCUGGUUGAAGGUUUUCAACGCAGAAAUCCGGAACGAAUCCGGGCUUAUGAAGGUCCUGGUCUGAUUGGAACCACUCUCCUGAAGGCGUCAAACAUCCCGAAACCCGAAAUGGGACUCCUUUUCGCAAAAAUCUGGAGCCUUUUUGGCAACGAAGAACACAAACUCGUGAUGGUCGGCCUAGAUAACGCCGGCAAAACCACCAUCCUGUACCAGUUUCUGAUGAAUGAAGUCGUCCACACGAGCCCGACGAUCGGAUCCAACGUAGAAGAGAUUGUGUGGAAAAACAUUCACUUUCUGGUGUGGGAUUUGGGCGGCCAGCAGAGCUUACGGGCAGCGUGGAGCACGUAUUACACAAACACAGAGUUUAUCAUAAUGGUUAUAGAUUCGACCGACAGGGAACGGUUAGCGGUCACGCGGGAAGAACUGUACAAAAUGUUGCAGCACGAAGACUUAACCAAGGCGAGCCUGUUGGUGUACGCUAAUAAGCAGGACCUGAAAGAAUCGAUGAGUGCAGCUGAAAUUUCCAAACAACUGGACCUGACCUCCAUCAAGAAGCACCAGUGGCACAUACAGUCGUGCUGUGCGUUAACCGGCGAAGGUCUCUACCAGGGCCUCGAGUGGAUAGCCCAGAGGAUCAAGAAGAAAUGACACCGACCGGACGAGUAACGUGGGUCACCUGGCCGCCAAUUCCACCACUCCUUACGAUUUAGUCACACAACACACCUCCUGCGAACGGACGAGUAAUUUUACACACACACACAGCGCGGUAAAAGCAAGGAGUUGGUAAAAUGUCGCCCGUCGGAAACGGGAGCUAGUGAGUUAGGGAAAAGAAAUUUAAAUAAAAAUGUUUAAACUAAUCAAGAUUAACUCUUUAAAAAAAAACGUGUAUACAAACUGAAGAAGCAUCGCUGUAACAAAGUAACAAAUAACUCAAGAAGAAGAAGAAAAAUAGUCCCCCUGCCGUUGGAACCUGAUGGAAUGCUGGAAAAGACACAUUUGGUGGAAACCCAAUUUUAACGUUUAAUUUUUCGGGAGUGCGUAAAAUGCUACCAUCAAUCCAGAAAAAAAAUUAACUAAGCAAGUUGUGAAAUAUGAGGGGAAGGAAAACGGGAAAAAAACUUUGAGCUUUAAGUGAGGGAGGAGCGAGCGAGCUAGCAUCAUCACACUCACACACACCUCUCCGUGAGAAAACGAGACAGACAGACAGACUCCCCUCGUUCGUUAGAGAGAAAAAGAAAAACCUAGAUAAGUGUUUUAUUUCCGAUUUACUAAUUUAAUAGAGAGAAAGAGAAAGCGAGAGAGAGAAAGAGGAAAAUUAUGUGGACAUGAAUAUGAGAAAAAUAUACUUACAUUUAUUAGUUAAUAAAAAAUCAAUGAUGAAAACUGUAAA